AUGGAGAAGAUAUUUCGUUCUUCUUCUUUAGUUCUACUUUUUGGCCUCAUUCUUCUUCUGAUCUCGAAUUUUCACGGAGUCGUCCAGCUCGCGGAAGCAGGGCAGCGACGGAUGGAGAUCACCGACGAUCUAGAAGACGUCGAAGACAACGAAGAAGACGGUUCAUGGAAAGAGUGGGGGAAUAAAGCACCGACGCCGGAAUUCGAUCCGCCUCCGGAUUUCUCAGGCAUGGGAUUCGAACAGAUCCAAGCGGAAAUGGCCAAACGGACUUUUGGACCGGUCGUCGGUUUCGUUAAGCUCCGGUUAGGCGUCCUCCGUACUAAGGAUAUGGUAGUGGACAUUGCUAUGAAAUGGACAAAAGUUCUGAGAACAGGAGGGAUCGGAGUAAGAUUUAUGGCCGUAGAUCGAAGCACGGUGAUGUUCAAUAUGCAAAAUGGCAAGGAAGUGACUGAGCUAAGGGAGUUCGUGCUAAACCAGGAAGAGGCUUAUGAGGUUAAGAUAGGGAAACAAGAGUUUAGGAGACCUGGUGAUCCUCCACUUGAAGACGUCGUUAACAAACUUCAAGCUGAGCAAAGCAAGGACGGUGCAGAUAGUAACAAGAAGGAUGAAUUAUAG